CGAUCAAACUCGAAUCCUUUAACGAAGACUACCGGUACCUACGAGCAAUACGGAAUAAAAAAAAAGAAAAAUACGGAAGUAAAGUUUACCCAAUAAUUGUAAACGGCCCUAGCAAUUAGUAACUUCAGCUAGUUGUGGAAUAAAUAGUCGGUGGAUUUUCUCUCUUUUAUUUCAAGACGUGGAAUAUGACAAAUGGGGUGGAUCUGUGUAUGAAGCUAAUCAAAAUGGGGACAGCGAAUAUGUAGCAGAAAUCCAGUCUGGUUUAAAAUUCCACCUCGUUUGCCAUACUGUAUACUAAGAGCCAACGUUUAGAAGGUCCCUUGAAGAGCAUUGAUGGCGGGGUCUGGCAACGGCCCAGCAUCAGUACAAGAGUGGCUCCAAUCACUCCAUCUCAACCAGUUCCUCAAUGACUUCCUCUUCUCUGGCUAUACUGACCUGUCCAAGUGCUGCCACAUCACAGAGGCAGACCUUGUGCGACUUGGAAUCACGCAAGUGGGGUAUCAGAAGCGCAUCUUGAGCAGGUUGCCUAGUGAGGCUAAUCUCAUUGUCAUGGAGUUCUCUGGCCAGAAUUCAAAUACCAAUGGGUCAGUCCUUGGACAGCCUAAACCGUCACCUCGCAAGGAAAAGAAACCAGUCAUCAUGAAACCUAGUAUUGAUAAAACAGAGUACAUGGAGCUGACACCUCAGAUGGGCCUGUCAAGUGAGGAUAUUCCUAAGAAGAGCACACCUACAUGUAUGUUAAAUGAUUCUUUCAGGAGCAAAAGUGACAAUGAACUGCUUGGACCUAGGUCACAAAAGCCAGUUCCUAAGCCAAGGGUUAAACAAGGAACAGGCAAGAGAAAUAACCCUCCACCAUUACCAGAGAGGGGGAAACCAGUUCCUCAACCAAGAGCACCACCUCCGGUUCCACCUCAAGUGCUUCCACAAGGUCCUCUUCCUCCACAAGUGUCUUCCCUCUCAUCAAGUCAAGUUGAUCCUGAUGCUGCAAUCGCUAGUCAACCUCAAGAAGAAGCAAAGGCCAUACAUGGUGUGGAGGUGGUUUCGACAGUCAGUACAAAUCCUUUUAGCGCAAUAGAUGAACCUGAUGAUCUAGAUCAGUUUGAUCCCCUUAUUACCAGCCCGUUUAAUCCUUUUAAUGAUAGUAAACUGGUGACUUCUGAUGUUCCCUUACCCUCCGCUGCGACUGUUACUCAUGAUGGUCCUGAAAGCAAACUAGGACUUGAUCUCAGUACAAGACCUGUUCCUCCUCCUCCACCAGUUAGAAGUGAUCCUCCCAAUUUUCCUGUGGAUGAUUUACUUCACAGGCCAGUGCCUCAACCACCUGAAGUUUCUUCUUUCAAGGGGGGUGAUCUGAGGUCAGUGCCACAGCCUCCUGAAGUUACAUCUUUCAAGGGGGAAGAUCAGAGGCCAGUGCCGCAACCCUCUGAAGUUAUUUCUAUCAAAGGGGAAGAACAGAGGCCAGUGUCACGGACACCUGAUGUUACUAGCUUUAAGGGAGGAGAUCAGAGACCAGUGCCACAGCCACCCGAAGUUACCUCCUCCAAGGUGAAAGAUAGUGAUGCUCAGGGGGAAUUUUCACCACCACCACCUCUUCCUGGCAAGAAGUUGCGACAUCCAAGAUCAGUAUCAGAACCAAAGAAUUUGAAUGAAUUCCUCAAAACAAGAAACCCUCCACCACCACUUCCUCCUGGGAUAGCUGAAGAGGGUUCUGUCCAACUCCCUCCCCUUCCUCCCCGACCUAUUCCUACUUCUGAAGUUGCACCAUCUGUGCCUGCAAUAUCUCUUAUGGAUGAUACAAUAUCUUCAAUAGCCGAUCUGGAAAUGUUAGAUCAAUGGAUGAAUGACACUACAGAAGUGAAUGCAAAUAUUGACAGCAAGGACCUUAAUGAAAGCAUGUCAGUUGAUAACAGUCUUGUUAAGUCAAACACUAGCAGAGAUGGUUCAUCACCUUCAAUAGAUUCCAAUAGAAAAAGUGAUCAUUCGAGCAGGAGCAGCCAAGAUGACACCCACAUGGUAUCAGCUACACAUUGGCCUGACUCUGAUCAUAGUGAUGUACCCUUCAAUGGUGUGUCAUUAAACCCAAAUAGCACCUUAUCAAGUAUUGCCUCAACUGACAGUGAAAAGAUUAUCUCUAUUCUUGAUGAUUACAGACAGUCGGGAGACAUGACCCAGAGUCAAGAGAGUGUCCCCAGCCCUGAUACAUCUUUGAACCAGGAAGACUCUACUGAAGAUUCCACAAAUUUGAAUACAUCCGUCGACAAUGAGAGCCUCUAUGGGGCUAUCUGGGAACCGGAAUCGCGACCACUACCUCAGGUCCAUUCUGUUCAGUACAGGAAUCCCCCUCCUGCUGGUGAGUCCUCUGAAGAUGCUACAUAUCUACCAUUGAUGCAAUGUGUCACAGGUGAUGCAAGACCUUUGAGCACUAUUGAAGGGGGCAUGCCUGAAGGCCCUCCACCACCAAUACCAACCUCAGCAGCCCGUCCUCUACCACCAACUCCGGAGAGGCAUUCGCAAGGCACCACUGAUCCAGACAUGCCAGAAGGUCCCCCACCACCGGUACCAACGUCAGCUCGUCCUGUCCUGCCAGCCUCAGCAGCACAACCUGGAAUAUCAAGCAGCAUUGACAAUGAUAUGCCUGUAGGUCCGCCUCCUCCUGUUCCAACCUUGGCUGCUCGCGCUCUUCCGCAAGCUCUCGGCGUCCCAGCUGGACCAUCAAUCUCUGUUGAUCAGGGCAUGCCUGAAUAUUCCCCACCUCCAUUACCUUCCUCUGUAGCCCGUCCUGCACCCCCUUUGCCUGGCACCAAUAUCCCCUUGCCUCCAAGCAGUUCUCCACCACCUUUACCAGUACGUAGGGCUCCUCCUGCCCCUCCCGUCAGGAUAGACUCUCAGAAGUUUGACAAGCCUUCCCCAUCCCAUUCUUCAGAAGACAUCCUCAUGCAGCUUGGGGAUGACCAUAUGAAAGAGGCUGAAGAUGGGUAUGACUUCCUAGAACACUUUCCAAAGUCAUCUUCACAAAGCUCUUUGCCUGAAGAGGAUGAUGUGAUUGUCAUUGACUUCCAAGAAGAUGAUAUUGACACGGAUGAGGAAGAUAACUUUCAUAUUACUAUUCCAGAUGGAGCAAGGUCAAUCGACUCGGGGAUAUCCUCCACCGGAGCUGUGGACGAUACCUUCGACAGGAAGAGCUCUUAUUACGCAAGUAUUCGGCAAUCGGACAGACCAUACCAGAGGAAAGUUCCUGAGGAAGCUCGUAGAAGGCUGUCCAUGAGAUUAUCAACUAGGGGGAAUAUUCCGGUUUAUGAUUCCAAUGGCCUUCGACGGAAAAGCAUUAUGGCAAAGCUUGAGAAAAGUGGCUAUCUAUGGAAGUGUGGUCAAGGGAGACAGGGGAAAGGAGGGUUCCGUAAGAGGUGGUUUGUCUUCAACGGGAAGGAACUACGAUACUAUGAGAAUGAGAGAACGAUGACGACCUGUAAAGGUAUAAUACCGGUUGGAACAAUGCUGAAUGUAAAACAUAUCUACAAGCCAAGUAUUGUUGACAAGAAGAGCCGUAUUGAAUUAGACACCAAUGCUAAGACGUACUACUUGGCUACUGACAAUGGUGAUGAGGGUACAAUAUGGGCCAACAUUUUGAUGCAAGCAAUCAUUGCCUUCCAGUCUGCAAACAACAAUAGCUAUGGUGGCAUGCCCCCUCCUGGUGGUUUCCCAAAGGGCGGUGAUAUGAGCUGUCCUGAUAAACAAGGAUAUCUGAAAAUGGAAGGGUGCAAUCAUAAAAGAUACGUCGCAAUUAAAGGAGAGAUGCUGUGUUAUUACGCAUCAGAAAGGGAUUUUGAGGCAGCCGUACCAGUUUCUGAUAUACAGAUGAUGCUGGCCAAUGCAAGAGUUAACCCACAAAAGCCUGAUAAGAUAGUAUUAACCACACCUAGUACAACUCACAAUUUCACUGCAGAAUCUCCGGAGGAAGCCAAGGAAUGGGUCAAUGCCAUGAUGAAUGCUGUAUCCGAGGGACUUUCUGAUAAAUUGUAUCUACACAAAGCUUGGGAGAAUGAGAGCAAUAAAUACUGUGCGGACUGUAGUAUGCCAGAUCCUGACUGGUGCUCACUGAACUUUGGAAUAGUUAUAUGCAAGAAUUGCUCAGGCAUCCAUCGUGACCUCGGAGUUCACGUGUCAAAGGUCAGAUCUCUGAAGAUGGAUGUCAAAGCCUUCACAGACUCUGCCUUGGAGGUUUUCCUUGCUGUGGGAAAUAGGAUGAGUAACGGCUUCUGGGAGGAGAAACUGGACCGUGCGGAUGGUGUGAAACCCAUGCCGGACGAUAGCAUAGCACAGCGUAAGCUGUUCAUAGAGAAGAAAUACAGAGACAGACAAUACUGUGAGCAGAUUCUGUGGGAGAAAGAAACACUUAAUAAGGAGUUCUUGAGGGCAGUCGAGAAUGGUGAAUUAAUGGAUUGUCUGAGGUUUAUCUUCUCUGGAGCGAAUGUUGAUGCUGUGCAUGAAAAUGGAAAAACUGCAAAAGAAAUAUGCUACGGACAUGAUAAUUCACUUGUAAUUAGGGAGCUCCUGGAGCAGAACAAACCCUAUUCUCAGCACCAGCAAGAAGUCAUGACACAGGAAGCCUACUCCACGGUGGAUAGUGAAUCCAGUCCACAGCAACUGCAAGGUCAGCAACAACAGAAGGGGGAAGAUCCUCAAGGAUCACCGGUUCCCUUACCAAGGAGGAAAACCCUCGAACAGGGAGGUAGGAAUGGGUCCCCUACCCUGCCCGCCAGGAGGGCGCCGCCGCCCCCCACGCAGGCAGCCCCGCCCUCCGAGGAACUGCUGAGCAGUGUUGGGAGUAUACAGGAGCAGAUCCGGAAAGCGGGGUAUCUCUACAAGACUGGUAGCAAUAGAAGAGAUUUCUUACGACGAUACUGUGUUUUGGAGCAUGGAACAUUCAGUUAUUAUCAGGAUGACAAGCUCAGAGUGAUGGCUAACCAGGCUGCUAAGAAUACAAUAGAAGGAACUGAGAUCGUGUUUGUCGCCAAAUCUGCCUCAAAGCAAGGUCAUGAUUAUUGCUUUGAGAUCGGAACAACGACUGGAAGGCUCUUCCUCUUUGCAGCUGAAGAUGAAGCCGACAGGAAGAACUGGAUGCAUUCUCUUGUCAAGUUCCAUACCCCAGAAUGCAUGUGGCGGGACUGUGAGGAUUAUGAAUAUGCCGGCUUUUUGAGGAAGAAGAUCGGAAGAUCAUCGACAACGUGGCACAGGUUAUGGUUCCUACUGAAAGGAAAGCUUCUCUCUUUCUACUCGGCUGAAAAAGAUGGCAUGGAGAUCAUUGAUCUAAGGAAAGCGAAGGAGAUCAGUCAAGACCAUGAGGAAGAGAGUAGUGAACAAGUCAAGGACAUUGCCAUUGUCAUUGAGGGAAGGACGAUCUAUCUCCGAGCAGACAAGCAGCAGAUAAGUGAUGCCUGGAUGUUAGCUCUACAAAAGAAUUCAUCGCAAAUCGGUCCAGAAUUAGAGGAUCAGCUUUUAACGGAAGGGCAUAUACCACACAUCAUUAAGGAGUGUAUUGAAUUUGUUUAUAUCCAUGAAGGUCUUGAGCAGCAAGGCAUCUACAGACUGAGCGGAACAGCCUCCAAGAUUCAGAAGGUUCGUGAGAUGUUCAGGAUGAACCCUAAGUCGGUCAGGAUAAGCAGGGACGAUUUUGAGGUGAACGACGUAACGGGGGCACUCAAGAAAUACUUCCGAGAGCUCCCAGAUCCAGUGCUCACCAAGGAGUACUACAGCAAAUGGAUUGAGGUGUCGGAUUACACGGACCAUGCUAUAAAGCUGGAAUGGUACAAGCACCUUCUUGGUUGCCUGCCUAAGGUUCACUACUACACACUCAAAGCCAUCAUAGCACAUCUCAUAAGGGUAAAAGAGAAAGAGCGGAUAAACAAGAUGACAGAGAAGAAUCUUGCAUCAGUCUUUGGACCCACCCUCAUGGCCCUUCCAGAUUCUUCCUACGGCAAUGCCGAGAAGGAGAUCGCCGUUAUUGGUGACCUCAUGACCUACUUCAUGUGGCUGUUUGACGUGGACGAUAAGGAGUGGGCCGAUGAGGAGAAAAAAAUCAAGAAACUCACAGAGAUGCAUCGACUUAUUAAAGGACCACCAAAGCAAUCAAAUGCAAUCGUCAUGCCCUUCUACAUCAGGCAUAAGAAUGAAGGCAAUAGCAUAACUCUACCGCUGCAAGAGAAUACAACAGCCAAGGAAGUGGUGGAAAGUGUAGUGAAGAAACACAAUUUACCAACCCUUGAUGGCAAGCCAUGGGGACUGUUUGAGGUGAUCGAUAAUGAACAGUUAGAGCGAAUGUUGUUUGAUUAUGAGGUUGUUCUAUCAGAGGUAGGGGCAUGGGAUCCGUCUGCAGCAGCAAGUAACUAUCUAUGCAUCAAACAGAAUAGCUUGUUACACAACAUGGAAGUGUUCUUGAAGAACGUCACUUCCAGUUCGUCCAUCAAGUACGCCGACAGCUCCAAGAAGUUCAAGGAGUACUACUUUGAGAUCUCGGCGAACAUCAUGCGCUUCUCCAAGGUGAACAACAAGAGUGGCGGAAGCCCCAUCAGCUACUGGGACAUCAUUCCUCUCAAGAUCUAUAUGGGCAUCGGAACCAAGUACAAGAAGACUGCUCCUACAAGAUGGGGUAUUACAUUCCAUUCACCAGGAGAAAAAGAUUACAAGUGUUUAUGUUUUGAUCAAGAGAGUGUUAGGACAAUGUGGUUGGCGGGACUCUUCAGGUGUAAGCUUGCCGGUGCUGCAGCGUACACUUCUAAUUUAAGAUUGCAAGAACUCAAAGGAUCUCCCCUCUCUCAAUUUGAGCAUGCUCCGUCUGUAAGAGAUAGGACGUCAAGUGCUAAAGGUUUCCGUCGCUUUUCUGUAGCUUUCCAAGAGUUUGGUUCUUUAGGAGAGAGCGGUAAAGGGCGUGGUUUCGUAAAGUCCAUAAAGCAUCGGCUACCGUCGAACAACUCGGUCAACGAAUGACCCCCACCCUCCCACCUGCUUAUACUAACUACAUUGCAGCACCGGUUCAUACUUCUAACAGUAUAACAGACAUGCAUGGUCCUAAAUGAAACUGUUUUCAGUCCUCCCAUUUUGGCAUGAUAAUGAUGAUGAUAACUUGUGAAUGCUAAUGAAGAGAAACGUUCUUAUUGAACCCUGAAACGUUCUCUGAUGCACAGAUCAAGCUGAAGGUCCCCUGGAAGCGGCAUAACUCGAUCACCGACUGAACCCUUGGCUGCAUCCUCCUGAACUCGUCGCAUGCAAUUGAAGGAUGCAGUCUAGUUGCCAUGGCAACAAAGCCAGGCCUUGGAGGAAGGAGACUUUGCGGAAUCUAUGAAAGCUGUCAUUCCAUGAAAAAUUCUUGUUGGAAAGCGUUUCGUUGUGCGACGCUACCUGGUUAACAGGAGUUGCUGCAUGUCCAAAGGAGAUCGCUUUUAUGUACGAAAGCUAUUGGGGAAAAAAUGAAUCAAUGAUCAUGUAGUGGACAUGGCCAGUCUGAAACAUCCUUUAGCUCUGGACUAUAGGUUUAUUUAUGCAAAAUCAGGCAUCUUUUUGUGCUUGCUUUUAUAAUGCAUGGAGAGUUGAAAUAAACGAAGAGAGAAUGCCUAGUGUAUACAGGGAUCCGCCGAAGUCUGGACUGCAGAAGUUUGACUUCUGAGGAAUUCAACUAACUGAAAGUGAAUUGCACAUUUCUUGCAUAAUCUAGGGAGCAUUCCAUGAAAGGUCUUGUCAGUUUAUACCUGACAGUUACCAUAGUAACAGUGAUUCACAGCUAAUCUAAAUCAAGGAAAGUUAUCAGAUCAACAACUUAUGGGACCAAAAUGUUUAUGCAGUGCUUCCCUGGUUUCAAACAUUGCUCUGACUUUGGGCUAUUAUUUGACUAUAAUAGAAGGUCAAUUUAUGCAGAUUUAAAAAUAUGUGUAAUAAGAAAAUGAGAAAAGUCUUUUCAUUGUAUGUUAUGGUGAUGAAGUAAGAUGUAACUCAUCCCUCGCGUAUGAACAACUCAUGAUGAUAGCGUUAUUCAAAGAAACUAUUGUGAUUUGAGAUGCUGCAAGUCGACGAACUUGGGUAGGCAGAAAAACUUAAACCAUGUAUUAUUUACACACUCAGACAAAACAUUUAACACUUGCUUAAUAUUUGGAGGCAUUUAUCAUGUUACUUGAAAGACUUUUAUCCUCAUAUUAGAUAUAUUUUACUUUCCUUGAAUAUUUAUAUAUUUUUUCCAAUAUUUUUUGCUUGCAUAUUGCUUUAAAUGGUGGAUGCAAAUUUUAUAUGAAAUAAAAAAAAUCUUGUUUAAUAUAAAGGAAUAUGCUAGAUUUGUGGUGCUGACCACCCGACUCAAAACGAAGAUCUUGUAAAGCAAAGGUUUUUCUGAAAUAUUAUAGUCAUCUUCUACUUUACUUCAUUUAGUUUCAACAGAACUUGUGUUCUUUAAUAGAAGUUAUGUGGGUGAAUUGAUCAGAUAGUAUAUCAUUGUAAGUUCCAAUUACUGAAUUACUGUACAUAAAUAAAUAAUCUUUGGAAACUUAUUGUGGGUUUAAUAAUAGGUUGUUUUUUAGCAUGGCAAUGGCAAAGAAUACCAAGAAGAUGGAACAGCGUAUCUUAGAAUCAGAUAGGAAAUGAUGACACUUUUCUUUCUUUAAGAAUGAACAAAACAAGGGUUAUACUGAUCUUGUGACUGAAUUUUGUAAUGAAAUGGUAAUAAAUGAUCACACGACCAAUAAUUCUGAAGUCCUCUUUCACUUCAGUAAUUCGCUGAAAUUAUUCCAAUGUUAUCCGACCGGAAUUAAGCAAUAUACCUUUCCUUAUCAUUUCUACUUUUAUAUCGAAAGCUCAGACUUUGAAUGGCAGAGGUUUCAAAGCUUCACAUAGUACACAAUGAUAAUAAUGCACUUGUUGAGCUAGUUUAAUAAUGAAGGAUAUAUUUUGUUUGUUAUGUACAUGUAUGUAUGUAUACACAGAGAGUUAUGAUGCAUUUUAAUACUUUGAAUAUUUUUGUAUUCCAUUUGAUAUGUUAUUAAUGUGGCUUUAUAUCAUUGUAUAGUCCAUUGCAAGCAAUAAUGAUAAAGGUGCCUCUGAUUAACUUUUUAUAAAUUCUGUAAUGCUUUUGUAUCAUGUAGAAAUUGAAAUAUGUAUAAUUCACAAUAUAUAAUUCCAUGCAGUAGAAAUGACAUGUUCAUUUCCAGGGUAGGAAAUGAUUGUAAUUCUUAGGAGUUGUUUUGGGGUCACAUUUAUUUGGUGCGAUUGCUGAAUUUGGGGGUAGAAUAGUUAUAUUAUUGAUGUUCUUGAAUUAUUGUCUGUGGAAGAUAUUGGGGCAACUUUAGACAAGGUUGUCGCCUCAAAGCAUUCCGUUUUCCAAAUUUUAGGGGUAAUUUUGGCUCUCUUGUAUAACCUAUGCUGUUGAUAGCAAACUACCCAGACUUUUUUAAUUUCGGACAAUUUGAAAAUUGCACAAAUUAAUCAGAUGUGGUUAUAGAAUUAACUAAUGGAUAUAUACAUUAUGACUCUUUAUAUAUUCUGUAUACAAUAUAUUCUGGCCCAUUUGCUGGGUUAUUUAAUGAUACAAGUGUGUAAUCAUCUCAUUCAUAGAGGGAGUUGUAAAUUUUACAACCAGAGAUAAACCAUUCCAUUUUGUUUUAAUGAUUUUUUUUUUAAUACAUUAGGAAGGACCAAAUAUAUUAUAUCGAUCAUGCAAUAUAGGUUUUUAUUGGGCUUGUUAAUUGUACACAAAUACACAUCAUUGAGGAAAUAAGUAAGAAUUAUACGCACAGGGAGCACUUUUUCAGAGGUAACAAGUGUGUGUAUUUUAUUUCAAUGCCUGAGCAAAAUGAUGUGUGUAAUGUUGUGAUAUGUUUUAUAAGAAAGUGAUUUAGAUGAACCAUCCUCAUCUAAAAAAAAUCAUGACUGGUCAAUAGAAUAAGUCAUAAGCAUUUUCUAAUUGACCUUUGUAUUGUAUAUUUUGUAGUACUGUAUAUUAUAUUGCAUGGGUUGUUCAGCAAUCACACCAAGGUCGUAUAUAUAUGAAAUGAGUGCUGUAAAUAGUAAUAACAUAUAUGUAUACAGCAGGCUGUGUAGAUUAUAAAAGAUUUUUCUUUUUUGGUAUAAAUUUAUGAAAGAUUUGUUUUUUCGGUAUAAAUUGAUUUCAGAAUUUACACAUAUAAGCCUAUAGAGACAACUUUGAUUUAGAAAUGAAAAGUAUGUUAUUUUUUCCACGUUAAUUACACUUUUGGACCAAUUUUUUUUAUAGUUUCCUUCCAGCAAUCACAGGUGCAGUUUUACACAGAGUUUAGUGUAAUAUCAUAAUACAAGAAUAAUGUGUAGUCGAUUGCAAUUUUGGGAUGCAAAUUUCCGUGUAAAAGAUCAAUUUUCACGAAAGAAGAUAAAUUUAUACUUGUUGAUGCAAGAAGCAGACCAUCUAGCAAUCGCAAAUUUGCAAUGGAAUGCAUGAUUUGAAUUGAUGUUGGGACCUAAAAUUGACUGGCAAUCCAAAGUUUCCUGCAACACCCAAUAAGAGUCAUGUUGUAACGCCAACAUGCAUAUGGUAUCUAUUUUGUAACCUUUCGAUCAAUUUGAGGUAAUACAGGUCCUUUAAGCCUAAUCCGACCCAUGCGUGAUGCGUUAUAUACCCAGCGCAAUUGGGAAUUUCAUCGUAAUUGUUUGUUACACUUAAAUCUUUGUGAAAUUCCCCUCCCUCCACCCCUGAGUGAAGGGAACAUAAAGCUAGUACUCCAUAAUAGUGGUAUAAUUGCACUUUAUCAGUGAAACUUUCUUUCAACCAAAUGAGUAAAGCAUGAAUGGAUGAAGUUGCAAAAUGA